CUCAAUAUGCGCCAUUACCGCGUGGCUAACGUGACAAUAACAUUGUGAACGUGGUGAAAAUACGUACUAAACUUAAGUGUGUUGCACUGAUCUAAAGCCUUCGUCCCGCAUCUGCUCCCCUCGUCUUCAACUACGCUUCCACAGUCAGCGAGGGAUCACGAUGGCGUAUCUACUGAAAGUUAUGUCGAGAGGCCCUCAGGCGUACACUUUCCGAAGAGGGAUCGCAUCCGCCCCUCUCGUUUACUCCGAGGAGGUCCAGAUGGCCAAAGCUACAGGUCAACCUAUUGUCGCUUUAGAGUCAACCAUUAUUACACAUGGAAUGCCAUAUCCAAGCAACUUACAAACCGCAAUACAAGUCGAGGAUAUUAUCAGACGACGAGGUGCAAUUCCAGCAACUAUAGCCAUCCUAAAAGGGCAACUCACCGUGGGUCUCACCAAAGAGCAGUUAGAGUAUCUUGCCCAGAUCGGCGGCGUACACCGUGAAGGAGAGACCACUCUGGAUAUAUCAGCUGAUUUGAAUGAACUCGGUCGCAACAGGACACUGGUCGUUUGUAGCGGAGUCAAAUCUAUACUAGAUAUUGGACGGACGCUUGAGUAUUUGGAGACGCAGGGCGUGUGCGUUUGCUCUUUCGGCGACUCGGACGAUUUUCCAGCGUUCUAUACCCGAAAAUCUGGAUAUAAAGCUCCCCACCGAGUGAACGAUGCACUGCAUGCAGCGCGAUUACUGCAAGCUUCACAAGAGUUGCAGCUUUCCUCGGGAAUCGUCAUUGCUGUGCCUUUACCUGAAGAACAUGCUAUGGACGAAAAUGUUAUAGCAGGCGCCAUAAAAAUCGCAUUAGAGAAAGGUGCUGAGAGGGGAAUCAAAGGCAAAGAAGUGACUCCGUUCAUCCUCGCUGCGGUUACCAAAGCUACUGAUGGAGCCUCCUUGAAAGCCAACAUCGCACUCAUAAAGAGCAAUGCUAAAGUCGGUGCCGACAUCGCAGUUGAGUUAAAAAAAUUGAGAAUUGCUCGUGAUUCCGAAAAAUCCUUUAAUAUUGGAGUUUCAAAGAGCGGUAAAUUGUCGCCGGAUUCGCGAAAAUCCUUCCACACUUCGUGCAUUGCAAGGAAUAAGGAAGAAGGGAAAUUCAAUAACGACUUCCCAAUGUUUGCAAACAAAAAUUUGGAUGGUGAUGUCUUGGUCAUCGGCGGAGCAAACGUAGAUAGAACGUAUAGAGUAAUGGAACCACGUGUACAGAUGACUGUUCUCGCCGACACAGCGCCUUUACCUUCACGCCAUAAAUAAUAUCACAGAUCCGAAUACCAGACGCGAAAUAAGUGUAAUAAUUUGAGUACUAUUUCAAUGCUUUUAGUAAGAGAAAUCCUACCGGAUUUCAGGAACAGAAGACGCAAUUACUCUGCUUUUGCGUGCCUUUUUAUAAGGCCUAAGUGUGUGUAUGAUUUUCGUUGAGGUAACUUGGAGUUUCAUAUGAAAAAAAAGA